AUGCGGACCAGCAAGCGUGGAAGCGCAGGUCAUGGAGGCCAAGGAGACAGGGGCUACACCGGCUACGCACCGGGACAGGCUCGGCCUUCAGGCUUGCCACCGCUCCCAUCCAAGACGCCGCCUCUGCCGCCAGGAGGUGUCCCUUCACCAUCAUGUCGCUUGAAUCCCAGUCCAUACCGGAGUAUGACGAGGCAUUCCAGCUCGACUUCGGCCCUGCCGUGCAUGCGCAAGGGCAAGCUCGUCCCGCUACAUCCAGUGAAGAGAGGGGAUACGCUGGCAGCUCGGACCGAGGACAUGGCCUCGACGGAGCCGAGCGGGCGGCCGCUCCAAGCGUCCUCCGUGCUCGUGGCUUUGGCUCUCAGGGCCGAGGAGGUGCUCCGCGUAGGUCUCUGGUCCGUGAGAAAGCUCCCAGAAAAUCCGGAGAUCCCGCUGGUUUACUUGAACGAAGAGGAGGGCCGGGUAGAGGUGGAGCCACCGCAAGAAGUCCUCGACGAGCUCCACAUAGAUGACGGUUCACCAACCGCUGCCCAUCUGGAAGCGACCGAGCCUCCAGAACACGAAGCCUGGUCGGAGGAGCGCGAUGCACAGGAGGACGAUGGGAGUCCGGUGUUUCGACGGAUCAUCCUCGGGGCCAAAGCGGAGGUGCCUCUGCGAAUGGCUCGGGACAUCCUCGACGCAGUCCGGGAGGACUUGGAUCUCUUUGAGCAGGUUCAAGAACGUUUCUCUGAGUCGCCCGAAGAAUCCUGUUUCCGUCUUGAUGAUUCCUUCGAUGAGGAGCUUGCGACGGUGGCACUGUCUAUGCAGCCGGGGGAGGUAUCAGAGGUCCUGGGAACAGAGGCCGGCAUGCAGAUCCUCCUCCGAGUUCGCUAG